GUAGCCAUGAUCAGCACCCUGAAAACACUUUUUUGGCCCAGAAAUGCAGCAGCAGCUGCUCAGAGCCCUGGACCACCAGCACCUGCCUCAGCUUUGACCCCAGCACCUGACCCACCUGCAAAGGAGGAAAAAUCUGAUGAAAAGAAAGAUGAAGUAAGAAAAUAUGAGAAAAAGGAGGAGGAAAAGUCUGCUGAACCAGCUCCAGCCCCUGCUGUAGCUCCUACUCCCGCCCAAGAGCUCCCUAAACCAGAGGCCAAACCAGCGGAUCCAGCAAAUCAUGGAGCAGAAACUGCAAAGGGUGAGGACAGUGCAUCCCCACCCCCUCAACCCAUUGUCAUAAACCAAUAUACCGACAACCAUCUGCGAGAAAUUGUGAAGAGAUUACGGGAUAGAGCAGAGCUUUAUAAGGACAAAAUCAUAGACCCCUAUGCAUCAUCCCCAGAGCGCAGCCCUCCUGUCACACCCGUUUAUCGAAAGCAAGAUUGGAUCAGAAAGCAGGAAGAGCAGAGAAUAAAACGAGAAGAGGCUGAACAGAAGAAAAAAGAGGAGGAUGCUAAGAAAGCUGCUGCAAAGAAAGAAAAGGAGGAAAAAGAAAGGAAGGAGAAGGAAGAAAAGCUGAAAGCUGAGAAGGUGAAAGCAGAGAAAGAGGCGGCGGAGGCCAUGUGCCCCAAAAUCAAUUGCACAUGCAUAGACAUACUGCUCCAACCUCUAGAAGACAAGAUGGACACAUACUUAGGUACAACUAUCGAUCCGUUCACAGAUCGUCGAUAUAUCAAAUGGCUUAGUGUCGUCACUGUUGCUUUUAACUACAACAUUUGGUUUGCCACGGCACGUUUGUGUUUUCCAUACCACACACCUCUGACGAUUCCUGUCUGGAUCUUUCUUGAUGUCCUGGCAGAUGUAGUGAACAUUGUAGACAUUACCAUCUUUCAACCACGCUUGCAGUUUGUGAAAGCAGGAGACAUAAUAAAGGACAGAGUACUGGCAAAACAGAAGUACAGAGAAUCUACCAGGUUUCAGGCUGACCUGAUAAGUAUUAUACCAUUUGACUUGCUGUGUUUUCACUUUGGAUUUAAUUCAGUCUUCAGAAUUAACCGAUUUAUUCGGUACCAAUCAUUUUUUGAGUUCAGCGAUCGCCUGGAAAGCGUAAUGGCCAAGGCUUAUAUCUGGAGAGUUGGCCGCACCACUGGAUAUCUCCUCUUCUGUCUGCAUAUCAACUCCUGCCUGUAUUACAUAGCAUCAGAAUAUGAGGGGCUGGGCAGCACUAAAUGGACGUACGAUGGAAAAGGAAACGCGUAUCUCCGCUGUUAUUAUUUUGCCACUCGUACACUGAUCACUAUUGGAGGUCUACCUGAGCCCCAGACGCUCUUCGAGAUCAUCUUCCAGCUGGUGAACUUCUUCACAGGAGUCUUUGUCUUCUCCAGUUUGAUUGGACAGAUGAGAGAUGUAAUUGGUGCAGCCACGGCAGGUCAGACCUACUUUCGUGCAUCUAUGGAUGCUUGUGUGGCAUAUAUGAACACCUACACCAUCCCCAAACUGGUGCAGAAUAGAGUGCGCACCUGGUACAACUACACCUGGGACUCUCAGGGCAUGCUGGAUGAGUCAGAGUUGUUAGACAAGAUGCCUCUGGUCAUGAGAACUGCCAUCGCUGUGGACAUCAACCUCGCCACUUUCCAAAAGAUCGACCUAUUCAAAGGUUGCGACAACCAGAUGCUCGUGGAUAUGUUACUACGCCUGAAAUCCAUUGUGUACCUGCCAGGAGACUUUGUGUGUAAGAAGGGUGACAUUGGGAGAGAAAUGUACGUUAUUAAGGCAGGAGAGGUGCAGGUCAUCGGUGGACCGGACAAUAAGAUUGUGUUUGUGACACUGAAAGCAGGCUGUGUGUUCGGAGAGAUCAGUCUCUUACAGUCAGCAAAAGAUGGAGGCAAUAGAAGAACUGCAAAUGUAGCUGCUCAUGGAUUCGCCAAUCUGUUUGUGCUGGACAAGAAAGAUCUGAAUGACAUCUUGGUCCACUACCCUGAGUCCCAGAAAGUGCUGGCUAAGAAGGGACGGAAGCUGAUGAAGGCCAAAGGUAAAGCUGCUGUCCAAGAUGAUGGAGAAAAGAAGAAAGGACUGGCACUGUUUGGAACCAAACCUCCCACUCCUAAAAUGCUGCGUGCUUUUGGAGGCUUUGGGAAGGGAGGAUUACUGGAGAAACUUAGGGCUCAUCAUGCAGCAGAGAAACAAAAUUAGGAAAUCUAUCCAUUCAUAUAUCUGGCUAUCUGGCUAUCUGCCCAUUACAUCAUUCAUCCAUCCAUCUGACCACAUCAUGCUAUACAUGAUGAACAUGAGGUUCAUCUAUCCCUCCAUCCAUCCCUCACCUAUUCAUCCAUACAACAACCAUACCAUACAUACAUUUUUUUUUUCUUUUUUUUUUUUGCAGAGGAAAAAAAUCGCAGAGAAAAUUCCAUUAAAUUAGGAAAUGGGCUCAGAAAGGCACAAAGACAAAAACAAAUUUUAUCUUGCUGUUCAGGGCUUCUGUAACUGGUGGUUGUGAUUGUAUAAAACAGACUACAAAACUGUGAUUUAAACAGUAAAAUUGACUGUUUAGUGACACAGUCACUGUCCACUAAUAAUCUUGGACUCAUCAUUCAACCAGAUUAUUGUUAUUAUUAUUUUUAUUUUUUAUUUCUGAGGAAAGAAAAUUGCAGAGAACCCCCUAUAAAAGUAGGAAAUGGGCUCAGGAAGGCACUAAGACAAAAAAAUAAAUAAAAUUCACCUUGUGGUUCAGGGCUUCCUUAAUGGUGUUUGUGAUUGUAUACAACAUACUAUAAAACUGUGAUUUAAACAGUAAUAUUGACUGUUUAGUGACACAGUCACUGUCCACUAAUAAUCUUGGACUCAUCAUUCAACCAGAUUAGGUUGUAUUGUUUUGUUUUUCAGAGGAACAAAAUGUAGGAGCAAACUGUUUAUUGACACAGUCACUGUCCACUAUCAAUCUUGGACUCAUUAUUCAACCUGAUUAUUAAAAAAAAAAAAAAAAUCAGAGGAAAACAUAUAGCAGAGAAAUCCCCAUAAAAAUAGGAAAUGGGCUCAGGAAGGCACUAGGCAAUUUAAAAAAAAAAAUACUACCUUGCGGUUCAGGGCCUCUGUAACUGGUGGUUGUGAUUCUAAACAAAAGACUACAAAAGUGUGACUUAACUGUAAAAUUGACUGUUUAGUGACAUGCACUCUCCAAUAUCCAUCUUGGAUUCAACCUGAUUAUUAUAAUUUUUUUCAGAGGAAAAAAAAUUGCGGAGAAACCCCCCCUAAAAGUAUGGAAUGGGCUCAGGAAGGUGCUAAGACAAAAAAAAAAAAAAAUGUACUUUGUGGUUUAGGGCUUCUGUAACUGGUGGUUGUGAUUGUAAACAACAGACUACAAAACUGUGAUUUAACCAGUAAAAUUUACUGUUUAGUGAGACAGUCACUUUACACUUAUAAUCAUGGACUUAUUAUUCAACCAGAUUAUUUUAUUUAUUUAUUUUUUCAGAGGACAAAAAUUGCUGAGAAAACCCCAUAAGAGUAGGAAAUAGGCUCAGGAAGUCACUUGGAGAAAAAAAUAAAUAAAAAAAAAAUUCACCUAGCGGUUCAGGGCUUCUGUAAUGGUGGUUGUUUUUGUAUAUACAACAGUCUACAAAACUGUAAUAUUGACUGUUUAGUGAUGCUGUCCACUAAUAAUCUUGGACUCAUCAUUCAACCAGAGUAGUCUGUUUUUUUUGUUUGUUUUUUUUUUUUUUGGCUUUG